AUGGAACCAGGGAUCUCUAACCAGACUUCAUUUCUUUCCUACACUGAGUUUACACUCUUGGGUUUCCCUGGGAUAUCUGGAUGGAGGUCUCUCCUGGCAAUCCCAUUCUUUUUCAUGUAUUUAGUUAUCUUGACUGGGAAUUCUCUCAUCAUCAACCAAGUCUCCAUUCAUAAAAAAUUCCAUUCUCCCAUGUAUGUGCUCAUCUCUAUGAUCUUUGCCAUUCACAUUGCCAUUUCUACUGCCAUAUUGCCAAAUUUCCUCCUAGACUUGUUAUUUCAUCUCAACCAAGUUUCCCUGACCGGCUGUCUUCUGCAGAUGUUUUUCAUCUACUUCAUGUCAGUAUGUGAGUCUGGUGUGAUCCUAAUAAUGUCCUUAGACAGAUACGUAGCAAUCUGUAGGCCACUGCAUUAUCAUAAUAUUAUGACAAAGAGGCUACUGGUCUGGCUCAUGGUCAUUGUAAUAAUUCGGAACUUCCUCCUUAUUUGCCCACUGGUUGUAUUUAUCUCUAUGGUCCAGUUCUGCAAGUCAGACAUCAUCCUGAACUUUGCAUGUGAAAACAUGGCACUACUUAGUCUUGGAUGUGGAGACACCACCAGACCACAGAUUGCUGGGUUGAUAGUGCGUAUCACUGUCACUGUAUUUGAUGUUAGUCUACUCUUGAUUUCCUAUUCAAACAUACUCUACACAGUCAUGAAAAAUGUUUCCAGGAAAUCAAGAUACAAAGCUCUUAACACCUGUGGGACACACUUACUGGUGGCAUUGUUAGUCUACCUGUGUGCUCUUACAUCUUCUAUUGUGCAGAGAAUGGACACAACCAUUUCAACAGAUGUUAAGAAUCUAUUCACUGCCCUAUACCUACUUAUCCCAGCUACCCUAAACCCAUUUAUAUAUGGAUUAAGAGUGUCAGAGAUCAGAAAGAGUCUGGUAGAAUAUUGGCAAGCAAAAAAGAACAAUUUCUACCCAUCAUGA